AUGCUAUUGCUCAAUUUUAAAAUAAUUUUUGUUGUUUUCAUCAAUUUUGCCAGUUCUUCGUAUGGAGAGCAGCAGCCAUUGCGAAAUGAAUUUCUGGAAUAUUUUUCCAUUGCCGCAGGUAUAAACUCACUUGUUUUUUCUUUGUCUAAUACGAUUUAUUCAAUUAAAAGGUUUAAUCAACUCAAAAAAAAAAAAAAGUGUUUUAAUGAAGGAAUAAGUAACUCCAUCAACAGAACAAAAGAACUAAAAUCGAGGAAUCAAAUAAUUAACAAUAAUGUUAAUGGUUUAAUAAAUAUUGAAAUACCAUGUCUAUCUAAUGAAGAAUUAAAUAAAGAUGAAAACAAUAUUACUCAAUUAAUUAUCCAAUCAGACAAAUUGGCAGAUAUAGAGAUGGUAAAAGACGAAAAUAUUUUCGUUGGGUCUAAUAUUACUGAUUUUGAACAAAAAAAAAUUGAAAAUAUCAUUGAAUACCUUAACUGCGAAUUUUUGUGUUCAAACCAUUCGAAUACAGAAAAUAUAAACACUAACUUCCAAAACGUUCCAUUUAAUGACAGUACUAAAAGGAAAUUUAGAGGGUUAGUUGUUGAGUAG